AUGAAUUCUAUAUUUCUUUUCAUCUUGCUUUAUGGUUUGGUAUGGAUUAUUGACGCGAAUCAUUUUCUCGGUGGAACGAUCACAUGGCGUCUCUUGAACGAAUCUGCUACUGGAACACCUGUUGCCGUCGUCAUCACACAAACUUAUUCAUGGACAUAUUCAUUGAUAACAUGCACCACUGCUCAAAUUGCUAGUAAUCAAUUGAUUCCUAUUGGUUCAUAUACAACGCUUUCGACGGCUACACUUGAUAGUAUCACUAUUUUUCCUGGUGGUGCGACUGGUUACGUGGCUCCUAACAUCAGACCUCGAUGCAUAGACAUCUCGGCUUCGGCUGGAAUCACUGUUGGGCAACGUUCUGAUACCGUCAAUUUACAAACAGGUAGUGAUUUUGCCGUUGCAUAUCAGGACAGGGCCUGGCGACCUUUAGCAUCAGCUUCUACGGCAGAUUGGUCUGUUUCGUCACGUAUUAACCUAACACCAAGAUCUGACAAUGGUCUCUAUAACAAUGCUCCUGUUGCUACUCUUAUGUCUCCCAUCAACAUUCCUUCCAAUCAGUCAAUAGCUAUCAAUGUGCCUGUGGCCGAUGCUGAUGGAGACACCACUCGUUGUCGAUGGUCGACAUCAUCGAAUGGAAUUGAUGAAUGUGGAGACGUUUGUCCGCCUAGCUCAUUACCACCUAAUACAGUCAUCUAUCCGAACUGUACUAUUAUAAUCAUAGGUCAGACCGUUGGGGAGUGGUUCGCUAUUACUCUGAUGGUCGAAGAUUUUAUCAAUUCAUCCAGCACCACUCCUCUAAGUUCAGUGCCUGUUCAGUUUCUUGUUCAAGUGGUUAAUUCACCAGCAUGUACCAUUCCACCUGAAAUUGUCGGAAUACCAGUUGAAGAAGCGUGUAUUCCAGUGAAAGUCGGUCAAACAUUCAAUUCACAGCUUAUAGCAAUUAAUAACUGUGGUUCAGGUGUGACGAUUGCCGAUAUUGCAACACUCUCAUUUGCUGGCAUAGCCAAAGGAAACAUCGUUAAAUUAAAUACAACAACCUACUACAAGACUCUUUCAUGGACACCGACCACUUCUCAACUCGGCUUUCAAGUCAUGUGUGCUAUGGCUUUCAAUAGUCAAAAUGCACAAUCUGCCCAAUAUUGUUUCAAGUUCUAUGUGUCACAAAAUGCUCUUUGUGCUUGUCCUUCUGAUAUCUGCACCACUACUACCACAACCACUUCAACAACAUCAGCAUCAACCACAUCGAUAUCAACGACUAGUACUACUUCAAUAACAUCAGCAUCAACCACAUCAACAUCAACGACUAGUACUACUUCAACAACGUGA